GACAGCAUUCUUUGUGUCAGCGUCAGAGCUCCAGAGCUCACGGUCGGACUCCAGUCUGCACUCAGCUCCUGCAGAGUGUUCAGCAGCUCAAUUGUUCCUAAAGCAGCCAAACUUCUUUCAAGACGUCCAGUUACUGUAAAGCUCCAAAGCUCAGCAAGCAAAAUGGAGUCUGCUACAAUGGAUCUGUCCUCCGUGCUAUCCAAUCAGUCAUCAGAGAGCUGUGCGCCGGUGGAUACCACAGUGGAGAACACACUGUUUGGAUGCUUCUACAUCCUGGUUUUUUUCCUGGCGCUGAACGGUAACAGCCUUGCCCUCUGGAUCUUCUCUCACCAGCGUGGCGCUUCAUCUCCAGCAAACGUCUUCUUGAUUCAUCUGGCUGUGGCAGACUUAUCGUAUGUGAUCAUCCUCCCCCUGAGGGCCACCUACCACCUCACAGGAGGCCACUGGCCCUUUGGCGAGGUGCCCUGCAGGUUGGCAGGCUUUUUGUUUUUUGUCAACAUGUACGCCAGCCUAUACUUCCUGGCCUGUGUGGCGGGGGAUCGCUACCUUGCUGUGGUUCAUGCUGUGAGGUCGCUGAAGGUUCGUCGUGCCCGCUACGCUCACAUCAUCAGCUUCUCUCUAUGGGCCCUGGUUACUGUUUCCAUGGCGCCACUGCUCAUCACCAACCAGACUGCAGAGGUAGACGGCAUGACGGUGUGUUUGCAGCUGUACAGAGAGAAGGCCUCGCGCAAUGCUCUGAUCUCCCUGGCUGUGGCCUUUAUCCCGCCUUUCCUCACCACCCUGUCCUGUUACCUGCUCAUCAUUUAUAACCUGCAUCGGGGCUCCAGGUUAGAGCCGUCCCUCAAGCUGAGGGCCCUGCGCACCAUUGGUCUGGUCAUGCUCAUCUAUGUAGUCUGUUUUCUGCCUUAUCAUGUGAGCAGGGCCACUUUUAUCCUGGGCUACAACCACCCUGACGUCUCCUGCCAGACGCGCAGAGGCUUGAGCUUGGCCAACCGCCUCACCUCAUCCCUCACCUGCCUGAACGGUGCCCUGGACCCGCUGAUCUACCUGUUUGGAGCGGAGAAGUUCCGCGGAACACUUAUGCGAUUGUUUUGCAAAGAUCAGGCCGGGGUGUCAGCAGCCACCAGUGGAGAGUUAAAGGGAACACACGAGAGCUCUGUCAGUGCCAAGUCUGAGUUUUGAGGAAAAUACAUUUGAUCUGGAACAUUGUUUGACAUAGAUGAAUUUCCUUAUUUAGGCCCAUUUCACAAUGUGGUUGAUUUCUCUAGUCCCCAUGUCUCAGUUAUAGUCUCCACCCCACGCCCAAUUCACCCUCAGAGACUGUAAGUGAAUCCUGUGUACUAGCAGGAGCAUGUGAGGACUCCCUAUAAGGGCUUGGGAAACGCUGUGGGAACUCAUGUUACCUGGGCCAACCUGUGUUCAGCUAAAUGUGAGAGAUGUUGAAGAGAAUUAUUCUGUUUUAAAGAAAACAAGUAGUUAGUUUAUAGUUCCAGGAACAUUUCUUCUUGCCAUCUUCUACCACCAGGUGAUCCCACAACCAAAGUCUGCAGCCUUGCUGACUUAAUGAAAGUGCUUUUAAGGUCAACGGGAGCCCCCUAAACACUAGCCCUCACUCUCAGACCAUCAUGGUCUGUGAGACUAUGAGGAUCCACCCACCUGUGAUCUCAACACAUUGUUGAAUCUACUAUUUCCACAAGCUUCCAAUUUUUGUGUUAAACACCAAAUGUUCAAAUGUGUACGACAUAGUCAACUCUUAAUGUAUAUUUUUUGGAACUGUUUUGUAUCCUAUGCCAAAUGUGACUUGUUACUUCCUAAUGCCUUUAUAUAUAAGGUGUUUUUAGCCAUGCUAGCAUUGUGGCACUGGGCAUGGCUUGUUGGUCAGUUAGCUAUUGGAGGAAUUGCCACACAAUUACAGAUAUCCAUGAUCACUGGAGGAAGUAUUGGAACAACUUUUCCUGUCACCGGUAGGUAUAAAAUGUUGAUUUGUCCAAUACUUUGAUUUAUGACCAACAGGUUUAGUAGCUCUCAGUGCUAACACACCAAACUGAGAUGGUGUGAAUAGUAUAUAACUCCUUCAUCUUUAAAGUUAUAAUGUGAUUGUAUUGCUGUAAUGAUAGAUUGUUUGUAGUCAUCCAAGCAGCAAAGCCCCAGAUAUGGUCUGCCAGGCUAUUGUGGUGAUGACCGUUAUUCAACAAACCAAAUCAAAUGUUUUCAUGAUGAUGUCAUCUGAUCUGACCUUCUCUGACACAAUGUUUUUUCCUUCUAUGGCAAAGUCAUGACACGCCCUACUCUGCCUCUAAUUGGCUUAGCCUGAUAUACUAUCUUAGCACUAACCAGUCCCAACCCUCAUGGCUAAACCUUACCAACCCAAUCAACAAAGGCGACAAUUUCUAGCCAAUCAGAGGCUGUAAAGUAAAGUAAAAAAAAAAUUGUUUGGGCUCUCAGUUCCAUGGUUCAUCGGGUUUCAGAAUAAUGGGCCGUAAGAAUAAUUUUAAGUUCCCAAAAAGAGAGCUAAAGUUAGUCGUUGGCCACAAUUUGGUCCAGACUAAACUAUCUUUUGGUACUGACUUUCAUGUUCCACUGAGAAUUAAUAACUGUUUGACCAAUGCAAAACAUGUGACAUCCCCAAUAGCCUUGGGUUUGCUAAUUAGCAACAUUCAGAAUGCCAACACCCCCAAACAGGAUGAUAACCAAGGUAGAGAUGUACCUGUCAGGCAUGCUAGUACCAUCAUUGUGAGCAUGUUAGCAGCUCAAAGCACCUCAGUGCCGGUGCAGUGUCUCAGAGCUGCUAGCAUGGCUAUAGACUCUUGGUCUUAUUUUUAAUAUGAGGUAUACUUUAAUAGACUUGUCUUGCUUUCUUACUUUGUUUUUGUAGACACAUCUUCAUUGUACACAUGCUUAGUCAUUAUCCAACUUCCUAACUUGCUAUGCUAUGCAUUUAUUGUUUUGUACACAUUUGUAUUGCACUAUUGCAUGAAAAGCUAUUAACCCUGUUUUACUGUGAGUCAGUCUGGCUUGACGUCGUCUGCAGAAGAGGUGAAAUACAUGAUUUAUUUACCCAGAUGAGUUAAAUGUGAAUUAUAAAUGUACUUUGUAACAUUAAGUUGUAAAUAAUAACUCAGUAAACAUAUGUUUUCAAGUG